AUGAUGUCCAUGAACAGCAAGCAACCUCACUUUGCCAUGCAUCCCACCCUCCCUGAACACAAGUACCCGUCGCUGCACUCCAGCUCCGAGGCCAUCCGGAGGGCCUGCCUGCCCACGCCGCCGCUGCAGAGCAACCUCUUCGCCAGCCUGGACGAGACGCUACUAGCGCGAGCCGAGGCGCUGGCGGCUGUGGACAUCGCGGUGUCCCAGGGCAAGAGCCACCCGUUCAAGCCGGACGCCACGUACCACACCAUGAACAGCGUGCCGUGCACGUCCACGUCCACCGUUCCGCUAGCGCACCACCACCACCACCACCACCACCACCAGGCGCUCGAGCCUGGCGACCUGCUGGACCACAUCUCAUCGCCGUCGCUCGCGCUCAUGGCCGGCGCAGGUGGCGCAGGUGCAGCGGGCGGCGGCGGAGGCCCGGGCGGUGGGCUGCUAGGCGGCUCGGCGCACCCGCACCCGCACAUGCACGGCCUGGGCCACCUGUCGCACCCGGCGGCGGCCGCCGCCAUGAACAUGCCGUCGGGAUUACCACACCCGGGGCUGGUGGCGGCUGCGGCGCACCACGGGGCGGCGGCGGCUGCUGCUGCGGCGGCAGCAGGGCAGGUAGCGGCGGCGUCGGCGGCUGCGGCCGUGGUGGGCGCGGCGGGCCUGGCGUCCAUCUGCGACUCGGACACGGACCCGCGCGAGCUCGAAGCGUUCGCCGAGCGCUUCAAGCAGCGGCGCAUCAAGCUGGGCGUGACGCAGGCCGACGUGGGCUCGGCUCUGGCCAACCUCAAGAUCCCGGGCGUCGGCUCGCUCAGCCAGAGCACCAUCUGCAGGUUCGAAUCGCUCACGCUCUCGCACAACAACAUGAUCGCACUCAAGCCCAUCCUGCAGGCGUGGCUCGAGGAGGCCGAGGGCGCGCAGCGAGAGAAAAUGAACAAGCCCGAGCUCUUCAACGGCGGCGAGAAGAAGCGCAAGCGGACUUCCAUCGCUGCGCCGGAGAAGCGCUCCCUCGAGGCUUACUUUGCGGUGCAGCCCCGGCCUUCAUCCGAGAAGAUUGCCGCCAUCGCCGAGAAACUGGACCUCAAAAAGAACGUGGUGCGGGUGUGGUUUUGCAACCAGAGACAGAAGCAGAAGCGGAUGAAAUUCUCUGCUACUUAUUGA